AUGGACCUGUGUGCUGAGGGGAAGCAUGACUGUGAGCAGAUCUGUAUUGCCUCGCCAGGCGUCUUCACCUGCAACUGCAAUGCUGGCUACACUCUCAACAACGACAAGAAGACAUGCACAAGUUAGUGAGGCCAAACAGUUGAAUGCAUUUAGCUAGGAGCAUAUUUAUCCAAACAGCUUAUUUAAGCCGGCUGCUUGGUAAGGUUUGCGGUGAUCAUUGCGAGUACAACAAAUCUACAUACUGUUCCAUAUUGAUCAAGCCCGAAACCCGCCUUUAAAAUAUGAAUAGUGAAAAUCUGUGCUAAAAUGUCAAUCAAUCAAUCAAAAUGAUUGGUAACGAUUAACUUUGACUAUACAGUGAGGGAAAAAAGUAUUUGAUCCCCUGCUGAUUUUGUACGUUUGCCCACUGACAAAGACAUGAUCAGUCUAUCAUUUUAAUGGUAGGUUUAUUUGAACAGUGAGAGACAGAAUAACAACAAAAAAUCCAGAAAAACGCAUGUCAAAAAUGUUAUAAAUUGAUUUGCAUUUUAAUGAGGGAAAUAAGUAUUUGACCCCCUCUCAAUCAGAAAGAUUUCUGGCUCCCAGGUGUCUUUUAUACAGGUAACGAGCUGAGAUUAGGAGCACACUCUUAAAGGGAGUGCUCCUAAUCUCAGCUUGUUACCUGUAUAAAAGACACCUGUCCACAGAAGCAAUUAAUCAAUCAGAUUCCAAACUCUCCACCAUGGCCAAGACCAAAGAACUCUCCAAGGAUGUCAGGGACAAGAUUGUAGACCUACACAAGGCUGGAAUGGGCUACAAGACCAUCACCAAGCAGCUUGGUGAGAAGGUAACAACAGUUGGUGCGAUUAUUCGCAAAUGGAAGAAACACAAAAGACUGUCAAUCUCCCUCGGCCUGGGGCUCCAUGCAAGGUCUCUCCUCGUGGAGUUGCAAUGAUCAUGAAAGCUGUGAGGAAUCAGCCCAGAACUACACAGGAGGAUCUUGUCAAUGAUCUCAAGGCAGCUGGGACCAUAGUCACCAAGAAAACAAUUGGUAACACACUACGCCGUGAAGGACUGAAAUCCUGAAGCCCGCAAGGUCCCCCUGCUCAAGAAAGCACAUAUACAGGGCCGUCUGAAGUUUGCCAAUGAACAUCUGAACGAUUCAGAGGAGAACUGGGUGAAAGUGUUGUGGUCAGAUGAGACCAAAAUCGAGCUCUUUGGCAUCAACUCAACUCGUCGUGUUUGGAGGAGGAGGAAUGCUGCCUAUGACCCCAAGAACACCAUCCCCACCGUCAAACAUGGAGGUGGAAACAUUAUGCUUUGGGGGUCAGGACAACUUCACCGUAUCAAAGGGACGAUGGGACGGGGCCAUGUACCGUUAAAUCUUGGGUGAGAACCUCCUUCCCUCAGCCAGGGCAUUGAAAUGGGUCGUGGAUAGGUAUUCCAGCAUGACCAUGACCCAAAACACACGGCCAAGGCAACAAAGGAGUGGCUCAAGAAGAAGCACAUUAAGGUCCUGGAGUGGCCUAGCCAGUCUCCAGACCUUAAUCCCGUAGAAAAUAUGUGGAGGGAGCUGAAGGUUCGAGUUACAAAACGUCAGGCUCGAAACCUUAAUGACUUGGAGAAGAUCUGCAAAGAGAAGUGGGACAAAAUCCCUCCUGAGAUGUGUGCAAACCUGGUGGCCAACUUCAAGAAACGUCUGACCUCUGUGAUUGCCAACAAGGGUUUUUCCACCAAGUACUAAGUCAUGUUUUGCAGAGGGGUCAAAUACUUAUUUCCCUCAUUAAAAUGCAAAUCAAUUUAUAACAUUUUUUGACAUGCGUUUUUCUGGAUUUUUUUGUUGUUAUUCUGUCUCUCACUGUUCAAAUAAACCUACCAUUAAAAUUAUAGACCGAUCAUGUCUUUGUCAGUGGGCAAACGUACAAAAUCAGCAGGGGAUCAAAUACUUUUUUCCCUCACUGUACCCAAUACACACAAAUCUAAGUAAAGCAAUGGAAUUAAGAAUAUAUAAAUAAAAAUAUGUACGAGCAAUGUCAGAGAGGCAUAGACUAAGAUACAGUAGAAUAGUAUAGAAUACAGUAUAUACAUCUGAGAUGAGUAAUGCAAGAUAUGUAAACAUUAUGUCGUGACGUGACUUGCAUUAAUGUGAUGACUGUUAUUUAUCGAAUCAACUAACUAUGUUUAAUUGUCACUAAAUUAAAUGAAUCAUGUAACAAUUAACUCAUUUGGAAUUUGGGGCACCACGGAAGAAGUUGUUUAAUGAGUACCAUCUCCCGAAUUAAACUCUUAGAAGAUAUAUACAGUGGGGAAAAAAAGUAUUUAGUCAGCCACCAAUUGUGCAAAUUCUCCCACUUAAAAAGAUGAGAGAGGCCUGUAAUUUUCAUCAUAGGUACACGUCAACUAUGACAGACAAAAUGAGAAAAAUUGUAGGAUUUUUAAUGAAUUUAUUUGCAAAUUAUGGUGGAAAAUAAGUAUUUGGUCAAUAACAAAAGUUUCUCAAUACUUUGUUAUAUACCCUUUGUUGGCAAUGACACAGGUCAAACGUUUUCUGUAAGUCUUCACAAGGUUUUCACACACUGUUGCUGGUAUUUUGGCCCAUUCCUCCAUGCAGAUCUCCUCUAGACCAGUGAUGUUUUGGGGCUGUCGCUGGGCAACACAGACUUUCAACUCCCUCCAAAGAUUUUCUAUGGGGUUGAGAUCUGGAGACUGGCUAGGCCACUCCAGGACCUUGAAAUGCUUCUUACGUAGCCACUCCUUCGUUGCCCGGGCGGUGUGUUUGGGAUCAUUGUCAUGCUGAAAGACCCAGCCACGUUUCAUCUUCAAUGCCCUUGCUGAUGGAAGGAGGUUUUCACUCAAAAUCUCACGAUACUUGGCCCCAUUCAUUCUUUCCUUUACACGGAUCAGUCGUCCUGGUCCCUUUCCAGAAAAACAGCCCCAAAGCAUGAUAUUUCCACCCCCAUGCUUCACAGUAGGUAUGGUGUUCUUUGGAUGCAACUCAGCAUUCUUUGUCCUCCAAACACGACGAGUUGAGUUUUUAACAAAAAGUUAUAUUUUGGUUUCAUCUCACCAUAUGACAUUCUCCCAAUCCUCUUCUGGAUCAUCCAAAUGCACUCUAGCAAACUUCAGACGGGCCUGGACAUGUACUGGCUUAAACAGGGGGACACGUCUGACACUGCAGGAUUUGAGUCCCUGGUGGCGUAGUGUGUUACUGAUGGUAGGCUUUGUUACUUUGGUCCCAGCUCUCUGCAGGUCAUUCACUAGGUCCCCCCGUGUGGUUCUGGGAUUUUUGCUCACCGUUCUGGUGAUCAUUUUGACCCCACGGGGUGAGAUCUUGCAUGGAGCCCCAGAUCGAGGGAGAUUAUCAGUGGUCUUGUAUGUCUUCCAUUUCCUAAUAAUUGCUCCCACAGUUGAUUUCUUCAAACCAAGCUGCUUACCUAUUGCAGAUUCAGUCUUCCCAGCCUGCUGCAGGUCUACAAUUUCGUUUCUGGUGUCCUUUGACAGCUCUUUGGUCUUGGCCAUAGUGGAGUUUGGAGUGUGACUGUUUGAGGUUGUGGACAGGUGUCUUUUAUACUGAUAACAAGUUCAAACAGGUGCCAUUAAUACAGGUAACGAGUGGAGGACAGAGGAGCCUCUUAAAGAAGAAAUUACAGGUCUGUGAGAGCCAGAAAUCUUGUGUCACGAUCGUCGGUAAGAGAUGAGGACCAAGGCGCAACGUUGAAUGCGAACAUAUUUAUUUAUAUAAUGAUCACACGAUCAAAACAACAAAACGAUGACGUGACAGUCAAUGGUCAAACACAAACCAACACGAACAAGAAACCACAAUGAAUGAAUGCCUAACGGCUACCUAAGUAUGACUCCCAAUCAGAGACAACGAGCUACAGCCGUCUCUGAUUGGGAGCCACCCUGGCCAACAUAGAUAUACAAACACUAGAACCAACACACAUGAAAACUCACACCCUGGCUCAACAUACUAGAGUCCCCAGAGCCAGGGCGUGACAGUACCCCCCCCCUAAAGGCGCGGACUCCGACCGCGCCAACCAAAUACCACAGGGGAGGGACCGGGUGGGCACUCCGCCUUGGCGGCGGAUCUGGCUCCGGGCAUGAUCCCCACUCGCUCUCUAACCCCCCAAAGUACCCCUGGUCCGGUCUGGCCCUGCUGACCGGAGCUGGACUGCACACUGGUGGAGCGGAUUGCUCUAGCUCCGGCGUGAAGCAGCUGACCCGUGCUGAACCAGGCACCAGAUGAACAGGCACGGGCUGUGCCGGACUGACAACGCACACCACUGGCUUGGUGUGGGGAGCAGGAACGGCCCGAGCCGGGCUGACGAAACGCACCCCUGACUUGGUGCGGGGAGCAGGAGCGGGCCGAACCGGGCUGACGAAACGCACCACUGACUUGGUGCGGGGAGCAGGAACGGGCCGAGCCGGGCUGACGAAGCGCACCAUUGACUUGGUGCGGAGAGCAGGAACGGGCCGAGCCGGGCUGACGAAGCGCACCACUGACUUAGUGCGAGGGGCAGGAACAGGCCGGGCCGGGCUGGCGACGUGUACCGUAGGCUUGGUGCGGGGAGCAGGAACAGACCAGACCGUACUGGGGACACACACCACUGGCCCUACACCGGGAUCUGGAACGGGCCGGACCGGACUGGUAACACACCCCAGUACCUCUCGCCGUGCCUCUACACCUUCCAUCCCCUCUUCGACCAGUGGCCCCCGUAACCUGGCGGCCUCCUCUGCCAACCCGCUGGACCACUCUAUCGCGGCCUCCUGCUACCCCGACGUCGUGAGCCCCCCCUAAAAAUUUUCUGGGGGUCUCUCUUCCCCGUGGGCCAGGCCUCUAUAGUUCUCGCCCAACUCUCGCUCUUCUGCUUCCAACUCCCUCCAUUCAGCUCCUCAUUUGGCUUGACCCAGUCGAAGCUCUUCCUCCACUGUUCCCAAGUCCACCCUCUCUGCUCCUCACUAGGCUUGACCCAGUCGAGGUUGCCACGGAGAUCUGCUAGCGAUUCCCCUGGCGAUGGCUCCUGGACACGCUGCUUGGUCCAGUUUUGGUGGUUUCUUCUGUCACGAUCGUCGGUAAGAGAUGAGGACCAAGGCGCAGCGUUGAAUGCGAACAUAUUUAUUUAUAUAAUGAUCACACGAUCAAAACAACAAAACGAUGACGUGACAGUCAAUGGUCAAACACAAACCAACACGAAUAAGAAACCACAAUUAAUGAAUGUCUAACGGCUACCUACGAGCUACAGCCGUCUCUGAUUGGGAGCCACCCUGGCCAACAUAGAUAUACAAACACUAGAACCAACACACAUGAAAACUCACACCCUGGCUCAACAUACUAGAGUCCCCAGAGCCAGGGCGUGACAUCUUGCUUGUUUAUAGGUGACCAAAUACUUAUUUUCCACCAUAUUUACUAAUACAUUUAAAAAUCCUACAAUGUGAUUUUCUGGACAAAAAAAAUUCUCAAUUUGUCUGUCAUAGUUGACGUGUACCUAUGAUGAAAAUUACAGGCCUCUCUCAUCUUUUUAAGUGGGAGAACUUGCACAAUUGGUGGCUGACUAAAUACUUUUUUUCCCCACUGUAUAUGUUAUAUACCGAUAACAGUCACUUAUUAAAUCAUUACCUGUCACGUUCGUUGAAGGACGGGUCAGACCAAGGCGCAGCGUGAAAUGCAUACAUGUUUAUUAUAAAGAAUAAACACACAAACAAAAACAACAAAACAACGUGAAGUGAAGUCCACAGGCUAAACACAAAUACAAUCCUCUACACGGAACAAGAUCCCACAACCAAUGAUGACAAACAGGCUACUAAAGUAUGAUCCCCAAUCAGAGACAAUGAGCGACAGCUGCCUCUGAUUGGGAAUCACACUCGGCCAAACAUAGAAACACAAUACCUAGAUUCUACACAUAGAAAACAUAACAUAGAUACUAAACAUGCACACCCUGACCAAACUAACAAGAGUUCUAUAGGUCAGGGCGUGACAUUACCUCAUCAGUCUCAUUCUGAACGUUGCAUAAUCCUUGAACCUGCAAGAACCCUAACCUUAUUGAGGAAUCAGCAAUACACAAAUUGGCUUAAUGAUUUAUUUACUAACUAACUAAAUAAUAACACAGAAUACAAACACACACACACACAUUAUAGGUUAUUGAUUACUAACAUAAUACAAUAAAACAGGUCCCUGGUUGACUGGACUAACAAUAGCAUGACUGCUUGGUUAGGGGAAGGAGGGGUCAAUAGAAAGCGAGUGAAAGGGAGAGACAGAGAUUCAACUUAUCGUUGUUUCAUUUGGAAACCACCGCUCAUUCGGAUAAGAAAUGCAAUGCAUAUUUACGCGUAGCUGUCCUUGAUCGUAGUCUCUCUGUUGAACCACUUUCUCAAAAGGGGUUUGAGUGUCCUAUCCCACUUCGGUGAGACUCGGCGUGUCUUCGAUUGGAGUGUUCGUUAGAUAGAUACUUCAGAUGUACCAACGGUUGUCUGAGAGGGAUUGUCCUUCCCAACUCGUGUCUUUAGUGAAAGUUCUAGACAACUUUGCAUGUACAGCUGCAGACUGAUGUGAUAAGGUCUAGUGCGUGUUCUUCUUCUCAUGUAGAGAUUGAGAGUUUCAAAGUUUCUCAAUUUCAAACGUAUGGAAUACCGUCUCACGUUUUCUGGUCUGUUGAGUGUCAACCAUUUGUAAAGUCCAGCUCCCGCUGCACAUCGGCUGGUCUUUCUCAUUCAAAGUUCUAACCAUUCUAAACGUGCAGUCGCCACGCUGACGUUUUCUGGUCUUUCUGGUCUAACCAUUUUAAGCCGUGUAGCCACAGCUCCACGCUUCCUGGUCUAAUGUUAAAGUUCUAACCAUUCUAUACGUGCAGUCGCCACUCUCACGUUUUCUGGUCUAAAGGUUUAUUUGUUUUUCAAGGCUUUUUAUGCCCUCUGGGUAAAAGGGACAUUCCAUCGUGAUCACACAAUCUCUGAUGUCACUCGGGGCAUGGCUAGUCACUGUGCAUAGUUGAUAUGAAAACUAUUAUCUAAUUAGAAGACUAAAUUCACAUUCCUAUCUUCACCAAAAUACUCUCAUACUUAAUCAUAUAUUUUAUACAACAUUUAGAUGUAAACUUGAUAGAUAGAAAAUGUACACUUUCCGAAUUACAAUUAUUUAUUGAUACCAUCCUUAAUGACAUCACAAAAUAAUAAACAAUAUGACAUGAUUAUUCUUUAGAGCCCCACUGACCAUUCCAAACAUUUGGUGGUUAGGAAUAAUGUUCCAAUGUCCAAUAUUUUGACGUUAGAGUUUUUGGGCGGCAAGAGUCUCUCUGUAACAAAGAGAUUUCUUUCUUUCCAUACAAGAUACCAAAAGGAGUCCUUUUCUGCAAACUAUUUAUGACCGGCUGUUAAGUCAUAAAACCGGCCCAACUCCCCCUUCUCCUUUCCUGUGGGAGAGAGGGGAGGUCUGGCUAUCUUUGAUGCUCACCAAGGAGAGAGUCAUGACAGUUAUUAAAGUGACUAGUAUUCCAUUUAUUAAUGUGGCCAGUGAUUUCUAAUCUAUGUAUAUAGGCAGCAGCCUCUAAUGUACUAGUGAAGGCUAUUUAACAGUCUGAUGGCCUUGAGAUGGAAGCUGUUUUUCAGUCUCUCGGUCCCAGCUUUGAUGCACCUGUACUGACCUUGCCUUCUGGAUGAUAGCGGGGUGAACAGGCAGUGGCUCGGUUGUUUUUUGUCCUUGAUGAUCUUUUUGGCCUUCCUGUGACAUUGGGUGCUGUAGGUGUCCUGGAGGGCUAGUAGUUUGCCCCCGGUGAUGCGUUGGGCAGACCGCAAUACACUCUGGAGAGCCCUGUGGUUGCGGGCGGUGCAGUUGCCGUACCAGGCAGUGAUACAGCCCGACAGGAUGCUCUCAAUUGUGCGUCUGUAAAAGUUUGUAAGGGUUUUAGGUGCCAAGACACAUUUCUUCACCACACUGUUUGUGUGGGUGGACCAUUUCAGUUUGUCAGUGAUGUGUACACCGAGGAACUUGAAGCUUUCCACCUUCUCCACUGCGGUCCCGUCGAUGUGGAUAGGGGUGUGCUCCCUCUGCUGUUUCCUGAAGUCCACGAUCAUCUCCUUUGUUUUGUUGACGUUGAGUGAGAGGGUAUUUUCCUGGCACCACACUCUCAGAGCCCUCACCUCCUCCCUGUAGGCUGUCUCAUCAUUGUUGGUAAUCAAGCCUACUACUGUUAUGUUGGCUGCAAACUUGAUGAUUGAGUUGGAGACGUGCUUGGCCACGCAGUCAUGGGUGAACAGGGAGUACAGGAUGGGGUUGAGCAUGCACUCUUGUGGGGCCCCAGUGUUGAGAAUCCGCGAAGUGGAGGAGUGGUUUCCUACCUACCACCUGGGGGCAGUGGUUCACAGGGCGAGGUUCAGACCCAGGGCCUCGAGCUUAAUGAUGAGCUUGGAGGGUACUAUGGUGUUGAAUGCUGAGCUAAGCAUUCUUACAUAGGUAUUCCACUAGUCCAGAUGGGAUAGGGCGGUGUGAUGGCGAUUGCAUCGUCUGUGGAUCUAUUGGGGUGGUAAGAAAAUUGAAGUGGUUCUAGGGUGGCAGGUAAGGUAGAGGUGAUAUGAUCCUUGACUAGUCUCUCAAAGCACUUCAUGAUGACAGAAGUGAGUGCUACGGGCAAUAGUCAUUUAGUUCAGUUAUUUUUCAAAAUGUACUAAAACAUUUCAUCCCUUUUGGCAUAAUCACUAACUGGCAGAAGCACCAUAAUGAUGACACUAUGCUGUCAUUGUAAUGUUGCAUCUAUUAAGAUAACUAAAUAUGAGCUCAUGCAUAGCAUUUGAUGGAUGUAUUCAACCUAAGGUCCGUGUCCCCGUAGGGGUCUGCCGAGGUACUGCAGGUGGUCCACGAAAAUAUAUAUAAUUAUUUAUUUCACUUAAAAAAUAUAUAUCUUUUCGUGGACCACCUGCAGUACCUCGGCAGAACCCUAAGGGGCCACGGAAAAAAAUAAAAACCGGAAAUAUCACAUUUACAUAUUACAUAUUCAGACCGUUUACUCAGUACUUUGUUGAAGCACCUUUGGCAGCCUUGAGUCUUCUGGGGUAUGACGCUACAAACUUGGCACACCUGUAUUUGGGGAGUUUCUCCCAUUCUUUUCUGCAGAUCCUCUCAAGCUCUGUCAGGUUGGAUGGGGAGCGUCGCUGCACAGCUAUUUUCAGGUCUCUCCAGAGAUGUUAGAUCGGGUUCUAGUCCGGGCUCUGGCUGGGCCACUCAAGGACAUUCAGAGACUUGUCCCGAAGCCACUUCUGCGUUGUCUUGGCUGUGGGCUUAGGGUCGUUGUGCUGUUGGAAGGUGUACCUUCGCCCCAGUCUGAGGUCCUGAGCGCUCUGGAGCAGGUUUUCAUCAAGGAUCUCUCUGUACUGUGCUCCGUUCAUCUUUCUCUCACCCCUGACUAGUCUCCUCGUUCCUGCCGCUGAAAAACAUCCCCACAGCAUGUUGCUGCCACCACCAUGCUUCACCGUAGGGAUGGUAUUGGCCAGGUGAUGAGCGGUGCCUGGUUUCCUCCAGACAUGACGCUUGGCAUUCAGUUCAAUCUUGGUUUCAUCUGACCAGAGAAUCUUGUUUCUCAUGGUCUGAGAGUCCUUUAGGUGCCUUUUGGCAAACUCCAAGCGGGCUGUCAUGUGCCUUUUACUAAGGAGUGGCUUCCGUCUGGCCACUCUACCAUAAAGGCCUGAUGGGUGGAGUGCUGCAGAGAUGGUUGUCCUUCUGGAAGUUUCUCCCAUUCCCACAUAGGAACUCUGGAACUCUGUCAGAGGCUCUUCUCCCCCGAUUGCUCAGUUUGGCCGAGCGGCCAGCUCUAGGAAGAGUCUUGGUGGUACUAAACUUCUUCCAUUUAAGAUUGACGGAGGCCACUGUGUUCUCGGGGAUCUUCAAUGCAACAGAAAUGUUGGGGUACCCUUUCCCAGAUCUGUGCCUCAACAUAAUCCUGUCUCGGAGUUCUACGGACAAUUCCUUCAACCUCAUGGCUUGGUUACUUAUGUAAAUAAGGUAUUUCUGUGUUUGUUUUUAAUAAAUUUGCAAAAAUGUCAAAAAAACUGUUUUCGCUUUGUCAUUAUGGGGUAUUGUGUGUAGAUUGAUGAGGGAAAAAUUGAAUUUAAUCAAUUUUAGAAUAAGGCUGUAACGUAACAAAAUGUGGAAAAAGUGAAGGGGUCUGAAUACUUUCCAAAUGCCCUAAUCACAGUCAACACACAUCUAUUUUGUAACAACAAGAUCAUGGAAUGAAAUAGAAUAAAUGUGAAAAUUAUAUUUCCCCCCAAAAAAUUUUUUUGAAGUGCAUAUAGGCCUACCUGAUGAUAUGUGGCUGCUGUGUUAAACAAUGAAUGGCUUUUUCUCGGAUUCAUUGAUGAUCAGAUACUUCAGUUGUAACUGGUUCUGUUGCUAUCAAUUUUUACAGUUGAUAGACAACUUUAGCACUGUUCCAAACUUAGACUAUCCUCCUUUUUAACAAUAGCCUGUAUAGAAAUCAAUCAAAUUCCGGUGCUGCAGCAUGCCCACAUUCGUUGUCAUGCUCUGUUGUGGUAUUACAAAAUAUUAUACUUGUCUCCAGUCAUGUAAAAUGAUGUAGAAUUGCAUUAAAUGCAUUUAUAAAAUACAUGUUUUUCUUGGAUCGCAAAUAAGAUGAUAGAUUCAUGCAGUGCUUUUAUUAUAAUUGAUAUAUUUUCACCAUAUGGAAAUGUAAUCCCCAUUUGCAAGGGUGGAAUUGUCAAUGUGUAUUUUUCGCCUGGUGUUGUCUUGACGGUAGAUGGCUGGUGGAGGAUAUGUGUCUUUUUAUGUUUAGGCCCUGAUGUAGGAGCUUGUAUGCGGUGGAGACUUUGCUAUUUACCUCAAUCUAUUGAGGUUAAAGAGUCUGCUGUUGUGUACAUCAUUUGGACUCCCUGAUGCAAAUGUUGGCCUGUGAAGUUGAUGGCUAGCCUGGCUUACACCAGACCACAUGGUACUGUGUACCGACUGUCAACUGUUGAUAUGUUAACAAUAGUUUUAGUGAUACGUUUUGAGUGAUUGCACUGAUUGGUUAUCACCAACUUUUUUUCUUUGGGGGUUGAAACCUCUCAGUUUUUGGAUUUGAAAAACAAGGCCCCCCUUGCUUGUGUUGGUGUAAGUAUUUUCCUGGUGGUGUACAGAAAGGAGAGCCUCUGUAUUUCCCACAAAUAUGCCUUUUAAAAGAUGGUAAUCAGAGUGUCGCUGAGUGUGGAGAUGUUCUCCUUGUGCCAGAUCUUCAAGAGCAGAGCAUAUACACUACAUGACCAAAAGUAUGUGGACACCUGCUAGUUAAACAUCUCAUUCCAAAAUCAUGGGCUCCACUCUUCUGGGAAGGCUUUCCACUAGAUGUUGGAACAUUGAUGCAGGGACUUAUUUCCAUUCAGCCACAGGAGCAUUAGUGAGGUUGGGCGCUGAUGUUGGGCGAUUAUGCCUGGCUCGCAGUGUUCCAAUUCAACCCAAAGGUGUUCGAUGGGUUUGAGGUCAGGGCUCUGUGCAGGCCAGUCAAGUUCUUCCACACCGAUCUCGACAAGCCAUUUCUGUAUGGACCUCGCUUUGUGCACGGGGCAUUGUCAUGCUGAAACAGGAAAAGGCCUUCCCCAAACUGUUGCCACAAAGUUGGAAGCACAGAAUCGUCUAGAAUGUCAUUAUAUGCUGUAGCGUUAAUAUUUCCCUUCUGGGAACUAAGGGGCCUAUCCCGAACCAUGAAAAACAACCCCAGACCAUUAUUCCUCCUCCACCAAACUUUGCAGUUGGCACUAUGCAUUCGGGCAGGUAGCGUUCUCCUGGCAUCCGCCAAAACGAGAUUCAUCCAUCGGACUUCCAGAUGGUGAAGCGUGAUUCACGACUCCAGCCAACACUUGGCAUUGCGCAUGGUGAUCUUAGGCUUGUGUGCGGCUUCUUGGCCAUGGAAACCUAUUUAAUGAAACAGUUCUGACGUUGCUUCCAAGGCAGUUUGGAACUCGGUAGUGAGUGUUGCAACCGAGGACAGACGAUUUUUACGCGCUAUGCACUUCAGCAUUCGGCGGUCCCGUUCUGUGAGCUUGUGUGGCCUACCACUUCGCGGCUGAGCCGUUGUUGCUCCUAGACGUUUUCACUUCACAAUGACAGCACUUACAGUUGACCAGGGCAGCUCUAGCAGGGCAGAAAUUUGACGAUCUGACUUGUUGGAAAGGUGGCAGGUUGAAAGUCACUGAGCUCUUCAGUAAAGCCAUUCUACUGCCAAUAUUUGUCUAUGGAGAUUGCAUGGCUGUGUGCUCGAUUUUAUACAGUCAUGGUCAAACGUUUUGAGAAUGACACAAGUAUUGGUCUUCACAAAGUUCGCUGCUUCAGUGUUAUGAGUUAUUUUUGUCAGAUGUUUCUAUGGUAUACUGAAGUAUAAUAACAAGCAUUCCAUAAGUGUCAAAGGCUUUUAUUGACAAUUACAUUAAGUUUAUGCAAAGAGUCAAUAUUUGCAGUGUUGACCCUUCUUUUUCAAGACCUCUGCAAUCCGCCCUGGCAUGCUAUCAAUUAACUUCUGGGCCACAUCCUGACUGAUGGCAGCCCAUUUUUUGCAUAAUCAAGGCUUGGAGUUUGUCAGAAUUUGUAGGUAUUUGUUUGUCCACCCGCCUCUUGAGGAUCAACCACAAGUUCUCAAUGGGAUUAAGGUCUGGGGAGUUUCCUGGCCAUGGACCCAAAAUGUCGAUGUUUUGUUCCCCAAGCCACUUAGUUAUCACUUUUGCCUUAUGGCAAGGUGCUCCAUCAUGCUGGAAAAGGCAUUGGUCGUCACCAAACUGUUCUUGGAUGGUUGGGAGAAGUUGCUCUCUGAGGAUGUGUUGGUACCAUUCUUUAUUCAUGGCUGUGUUCUUAGGCAAAAUUGUGAGUGAGCCCACUCCCUUGGCUGAGAAGCAACCCCACACAUGAAUGGUCUCAGGAUGCUUUACUGUUGGCAUGACACAGGACUGAUUUUAGUGCUCACCUUGUCUUCUCCGGACAAGGUGUUUUCCGGAUGCCCCAAACAAUCGGAAAGGGGAUUCAUCAGAGAAAAUGACUUUACCCCAGUCCUCAGCAGUCCAAUCCCUGUACCUUUUGUAGACUAUCAGUCUGUCCCUGAUGUUUUUCCUGGAGAGAAGUGGCUUCUUUGUUGCCCUUCUUGACACCAGGCCAUCAUCCAAAAGUCUUCGCCUCACUGUGCAUGCAGAUGCACUCACACCUGCCUGCUGCCAUUCCUGAGCAAGCUCUGCACUGGUGGUGCCCCGAUCCCACAGCUGAAUCAACUUUAAGAGACGUUCCUGGCGCUUGCUGGACUUUCUUGGGCACCCUGACGCCUUCUUCACAACAAUUGAACCUCUCUCCUUGAAGUUCUUGAUGAUCCGAUAAAUAGUUGAUUUAGGUGCAAUCUUACUAGCAGCAAUAUCCUUGCCUGUGAAGCCCUUUUUGUGCAAAGCAAUGAUGACGGCACGUGUUUCCUUGCAGGUAACUAUGGUUAACAGAGGAAGAACAAUGAUUUCAAGCACUACCCUCCUUUUAAAGCUUCCAGUCUGUUAUUCUAACUCAAUCAGCAUGAGUGAUCUCCAGCCUUGUCCUCGUCAACACUCUCAUCUGUGUUAAUGAGAGAAUCACUGACAUGAUGGCAGAUGGUCUUUUUGUGGCAGGGCUGAAAUGCAGUGGAAAUGUUUUUUGGGGAUUAAGUUCAUUUUCAUGGCAAAGAGGGACUUUGCAAUUAAUUGCAAUUCAUCUGAUCACUCUUCAUAACAUUCUGGAGUCAAAACUGAGGCAGCAGACUUUGUGAAAAUUUGUAUUUGUGUCAUUCUCAAAACUUUUGACCACGACCUGUCAGCAACGGGUGUGGCUGAAAUAGCCGAAUCCACUAAUUUGAAGGGGUGUCCACAUACUUUUGUAUAUAUAGUGUAGCUACCUCAAUCAUUAUUUUAAAUCAUUUUGGUGACUUCACAGCAAUUGAUAGCUGGCUAGCUAGCAGGCUCAGCAAAAUAAAAAUUCCCCUAUAUACAGCCACGUCUCAUAGUCAUGAGAUUUGUAAAUGAAAGAGGAAUAUAAUAAUACCAAUCGAAUAGAGUUUCUCCAUCUCCCCAUUCAGAGUAUUUGUGGUGCAGCACAGAAAUGCCCUUAUCCAGAUUGUGUGACAAAGGCAUUUCCUAACAGACCUGCUACCUCAAGCAGACAGAGACGCAAGAACAAUUCGUCUGCCAGCUCAGGGACAAUUUCAUAAACGGGAGACAUUAGAGAUGCGAAAAAACAUGGUUGUGUUUUGUUCUACCUCGGGUAGAGGUAUCUAGACUAAGAGUCAAAAGUUUAUAUUAAGUCUAAAAUGACCACAUGGUUGCUUUUGCUCCCAUCAUUUCCCUUGCUGUUGUUGUGCUUUGAAAAUCAUGUCUGUUUUCCCUCUGGAUGGGAGAAAACCACACUGCGAUUAUGGGAUUUCUUCUGACAGGAGUAGGAGUCGGUUGGCCAGCAUGCAGGUAAGUAAUUUCCUGGUGGUAUUUAGGAGGGAAAUGCCUUUGUAUUUCCCACAAAUCUGCCUCCUACCCCAUUUUAAAGAUCAGGGUGUCCCUGAAUGGUUUGAUUCAUUCUGAAAGUUGCGAUAUUCAGUUCUACAACCCAUGGUAAUGUUGGAAGAUCAGUGUACAUAGAAUUAUAAUAUGGAGAAUAGUGUACAGUAUAGGCUAUACAGUACCAUCGUCUAUUGUCUCCAUCGGGUUCAAACUGUUACGGCUUGGUCUGCGCUCUGCUCCAUAACGAUUGAAUAAGCCUACAUGUCAUUUUUUAAAUAUUAUCAACUGUUACUAAUGAUCCUUUGCAACAACCACAUGGCCAUGAGAGCGUUUACAGAGGAAGCAAAUAAAGGUAAACAAAACAAUGUAAUUAGUUCUCUCCACCGGGAUUAGAUUGAUUCAUCAUCCUUCAGCAGCUUUUUCAGGAUAUUUUGUAUGACAGAAGAGUGUAUUGCAUUUGGUUAGGAGAAGAACUACAUUUUAGUUGGUAUUGCCGGUACCUUGCUUUUCAAUUGUGCCUCUUCAAUGGUUGUGGUCCCAGCCAAACCCUAUGAAUUCCUGGUUAAUCAGCUGGUUUACCUUUUCAGAAGAAGGUGUAGCUGCCUUUGUCUUCCUUCAGUUGCCCUUCAUCUGCCAGUUGGGUUUUGGCGAGGGCAGCACUGUGAAUCCAAUAUCUUCUCAGUUCUCUUGGAAUGAUCGCAGUUCAUCUCUCAGGUUGAUCACUGUUCACAUUGUUCAUCAGAGUUUGAACGUUCCACGCUCCAAAAUGAAAAUGUUUGGUUUCUGAAGAAGAGGUGAUCCUACUGGCAACUCCAAUGGCAUGGAGCCUGUGACGAUUGAGGACCUCUCGCUACUGCAGUCUUCCUCCACCUUUACAACCAUUGUGACCAUUAUCUUCUGCCUGCUCUGCAGUUAAGGUCUUUGUUGGAUCACACUUUGCCUGUAACCUCUGACCUUACCGCCACGGGUGAGCCCCUACCAGGAGCUUAAGCUCCAGACAGCAUCUCAGCAACUCGACCACGGCAAGGUGGUGAUCCCUGGUGACCCUGGGUCAUUAUGGGAUGAUACUAAGACAUUAUAAGAAUGUGAUACAUGAUUAUAAUGACUGCAGGAUAAUGCAUUAUACGUCUUAGUGAAGUGUAACCUGGACAUGAGUGUCUCUGUUUUUUUUUCUGUCACACAGUGACAGACCUGUGUGCUGAGGGGAAGCAUGACUGUGAGCAGAUCUGCAUCGCUUCCCCAGGCGCCUUCACCUGUGACUGCAACAUUGGAUUCACCCUCAACGCUGGCAAAAAGACCUGCACACGUUAGUGAGGCCAUCAUCAGACCAAACAGUAGAAUGCAUAGGGGUAGAUGUAUACAACAGCGUAUUUGAGGUGGCUGCUGGGUGAGAUUUGUGGUGAACAUUGCGAGCUCAACAAAUCUACAUACUAUUCUGUAUUUAUCAAGCUUGAGACCCGCCAUUAAAAUACAUAUUUUCUGUCCUUAUUACUUGCACACAACAGGAUUUUGUUGAAAUUUCUGAUCAGACCUGAGUUCAAACAGUAUGUGUUUUCUUUCUUAGAUUUUUAGCGUUUGAUUGAGCCUGCCAGGAGUGCCAGUUUGCACAUUUGGGACUAUGUCAUUGGUUGAAGUGCUCCAAGUAAGCUCAAUCAAAAGCAGCCAAAGUAUUCAAAACAACACAAAUACUAUUUGAACCCAGGUCUGUUUCUUAUAUAAACAUAUGUGCUGUUGGUCACAAUCAAAAAACAUUAAGUUGCCUUUAAGCCAUGUAGUUCAUCUUUAACUACAUUGGUAACAGAAUGCAAUUACUGGCUAGCUUAUGCUACCAGCUUAUCCGAACAAGAGUUAGCAUUUAGCAAAUAUUUUUCUACACCCGAAAAUGACAACUUCUAAAUGUUAUGCAGCGGAAACAGCCAAACCUAUCAAAAUCUGAUUUUAGUUGCCGCAUUGUAAGCCUCUUCGAAAUUUGAUAAAUGUGCACUUUGUUAGUAUGAGCUUUUUUGAAUGGUUGCCAAUGACAGUGUCCUUGUGCUAUCCCCCACGGCGUUCCAUUGAUCCCGGACAUAACCUACGACACUACACACUUCUCAUCCACUGCCCCUCAGUUUGUCAGUCUCUCCAUGUGUGUUUGUCGUCCACAGAUCUUGACCUGUGUAACACAGUGGAGCAUGGCUGUGAGCACCAGUGUGUCAGUACCCCAGGAUCCUACUACUGCAUCUGCCCUGAGGCACAGCUACUGGCGGAGGAUGGAAAAGGCUGUGGAAGUAAGCAUACUUCACACACCCACUGAGUACAAUAAUGAAUACCCUCUACAACUCCUGUGGUUCACCAGGAUGCAAUGGCUCUAUACAACUACUACUAUUCAGUUGUCCCUCUGUAGUAUCUAGAAUAUCAUAUCUAAUGUGCUCUAGGACUAGAACUGGAAUUACAUAACCUACAAAUAAAACCUCUUCCUAAAUAAAAUAUUUAGCCAGGUAAGUCAUUGAGAAUUUUUUUUUAUUUUUACAAUAAGUACCUGGUAACAUGCAUAAUAACUGCACAUCCCACAGUGUAUUAUUUAAAAACAAAUACCAAAUGUGUUUUGUUUUUUUGUUCGGUAGGUUAUAGGUACAUUAUCCAUUACCUGCAGGCUACCACUCAAAAGAAGAAGAAAAACUAAGAAAUAUAUACAGAGUUUAAUUAAUAAUACAUUCAGUAUACACAGGAAAAUAAAAUAAAAAAGAAGUGGGCCUCCACACCCAACCUCCCAUCUCAUUCUCCCAACCCCGCCCAGCCAACAUGUCACCAUCCCAGAUAAUGUAUUUAUAAAUCCCAUCAUUGGGUGGUUCGGUAGUUGGGUUGCCCAAGGGACUCCAUAGGCCAGCAUAGCUGACUUAUUUGUAUAUAUAUAAACGAUUAUUUGACUGAUAAUGUGUAUGUAUCUUUCAAAUCUUGGAAUGUUCUCAAACCAUUACUGUCCAUGAUAUUGGCAAGGGUACUGAUUCCACAUUUGGACUAUUGGGGGGAUGCAAAAGACUGCCCUCCAGAUCACAAGGCAUUAUUGUGAAAUAGGGAGCAUGGGCAUACCGUUUUGCGCCAAUAGAAAUUGUGUGAGCAAUAAUAGGACCGAAGCGAUGUUUACAUUGUUUAAGGGAUAUAUCAGUGAAGACCACCUCUUCCAGGGCAAUAGGAGACAACAUAUUUCUCUCUAUACUCAGCCAGGGGGUGGAAGAAUCAUGUCUAAACUAAUUUAGGAUUGGGCGAAAUGCUAGCGCCUAGAAAUACAAUUUAUAAUUUGGUACGAAUAGUCCUCCUAUGUCUUUCCUUAUAUACAUUUUCAAAAGCUUUUUCUUCAUCGAGAGAUAAUACAGCCCAAGGAGCUGUUGUUUCUGAUGAAUCCCACAGUGUUUUAUGAAAUACCUACAAUCCUUGCAUGGUAAAUGCAACAAGGGCAUGUUACUGUAUGAAAAGUGCCCUGAUUCCCCUCAUGUCCCACCCAGCCUGCAGAUCAGCCAACAUCGACCUGGUCCUCCUCAUCGACGGCUCCAAGAGUGUGCGUCCCCAGAACUUUGAGCUGGUCAAGCAGUUUGUCAACCAGGUGGUGGACUCCCUGGACGUGUCGGCGCAUGGGACACGAGUGGGCCUAGUGCAAUACUCCAGUCGCGUGCGCACCGAGUUCGCCCUCAACAUGUACCAGACGGCGGAUGACAUCAAGAAGGCGGUGAUGAACGUGGAGUACAUGGAGAAGGGCACCAUGACGGGCCUGGCUCUCAAGCACAUGGUGGAGAACAGCUUCUCAGAGGCCGAGGGCACCCGCAAGAACGUCCCUCGCGUGGGCCUGGUCUUCACUGAUGGCCGCUCUCAGGACGACAUCACCGAGUGGGCCAAGAAAGCCAAAGAAGCAGGUAGGUGACACAGGGGCUGUAAUAUUUAUUUGCCUGAUUUAUUAUAAAGCUCCUGCAGUAAUGUUUACAUAGGACCAAUAGCAUUAAGAUGAGAUUAUCUUUCUAUAAUGAGAAGUCAUGUAACAUGGUUUUGAAAUGUAAAAGCCUACUACUUACUACUUUGGUGUGUGGCUAGCUCUUUCAACAAAACAAUGCUUGCAAUCAAAUACAAUUCAGGACUUCAUCCACCACUUUAGUGAGAUACUGCAUUGUCCUGUGUGCCAGGUAUCACGAUGUAUGCUGUUGGCGUUGGGAAGGCCGUGGAGGAUGAGCUGCGCGAGAUUGCCUCGGAGCCACUAGACAAGCACUUCUUUUAUACCACUGACUUCACUUUCAUCAACCAGAUAGCAGAGAACCUCAAGCUCAACAUCUGUGCAGGUACUCUAUUCUAUGAUCAAAGCAAAUCACAACCAGUCAGAAUUUGUUAUUUUAGAGCACCAUCUAGAGUCAGGCAAAGAUAAUAGAGAGGAUAAGGUUAAAUACUUUUUACACAAUAGACACCUCCUUACAUUUCUUAAUUUGGAGAGCUUAUGAAAGUGAUAGAAUUAAAUAGAAAUGUUUUUUUUUUCACUGUGUGUGUGUGGUUUUGUGUGCCUCAGUUGGUAGAGCAUGGCGCUUGCAACGCCAGGGUUGUGGGUUCAAUUCCCAUGUGGGACCAGUAUGGAAAAAGUAUGAAAAUGUAUGCACUCACUACUGUAAGUCGCUCUGGAUAAGAGUGUCUGCUAAAUGACUUAAAUGUGAAUGUGUGUUUUCAGAGGAGAGCCAGGGAGAGAUUGAGGUAAAAAACCCAUGUGCCUGUGAGAGUCUGGUUGAGUUCCAGCAAGCCACAAUGACCAAUCUGGAGCAGCUGACAACAAAACAUAUCCUUUUAUACACAGUUCCUGUUCAUUUAAUGUGAACUUUGUAGCUUGUCCUUUACCUGUUGUAGCAUGAUGAAUUAUGUACACACUUGCAGCUGAGGCAAAACUAACACACACCCAAAUAUUGUUCAUUUACACUAGUCAGGGUGCCUGUUCCUCUAGUCUAUUUCUUUGAUAUUGCACUUGCCAAAAUCUUCCCCCCACAAAGCCAGAAAAUUGCCCUGAACAUAAAAUCAACCAGUGUUUGUUAUCUCUGGUAAAAUGAUUGUUUAGCUCUCUGGACAAUAUUAAACAUGAUUGGACAUCAAAGGGCAUAAAGAAUACUCAAAACAAUCAUCAAUCUAUACGUUAAUGUCCAGUUUCCUGGACACAGAUUAAGUUUAGUGCUGGAUGAAAAUGUUAUUUCAAUGGAGAUUCUUCAUUCAGCUAUUUAGUCCAGGACUAGGCUUAAACUGUGUCCGGGAAUUGGCCCAAAAUGAAAAGAAAGAUUUGGUUAAAUUCAUCUGUAUACAGUACAUUUGUGUUGGAUUCUGAUCACUUUCAUUAACGGUAAAAGGUAACAUUCAUGACCAUGUCUGUUCUGGUCUUCAUGGGAAACUAUCACUUUUAACUCAAGCAUAACAUACCAAAUCUUUCACUAGCCCCCAAUUCAUCACUGUGGAAAUAGAUCAAUGUCUACUCAAGGGCUCUAGAAACAGAUUUGUCCAAAGAGGGAACACUAUCUGAAAGGACAACGUCUGAGAGCGUUUUUUUGUUUCUAAGACCAAUUGUUUAUUUGUCUUGUAAAUGCUUAGCGGUUAGAGGUGAUGAGGACCUACAACGGCACUUCUGUUGCAGUGGAAUUCGACGUCAGUCCCCAUCAUGCUAUUGCACUGGGUAGCACAUAACGAUCUUUUGAUUGAUUAUGCACAUGGCUACUUUUCAUUGGGAGGACAUCUUUUUUGUGCAGAGCCUAUUAUGACAUUUAUGCAGAAGGUAUCACUAGUGCUAUUAGAGAGUAUAAAGUGUAGCCUAUUGAUUAACAAGUAUGAGUAGAUUUACUGAUGGCCAUUGAUCCAGAUUUUUCAGAUACUACCUUGUUAUUUUGUCCUAACACUUUACUGUUUUGUGAUAUCAAUUACUAUAACGAAAUGCUUUAUUACAUUUACAUUUACAUUUUAGUCAUUUAGCAGACGCUCUUAACCAGAGCGACUUACAGGAGCAAUUAGGGUUAAGUGCCUUGCUCAAGGGCACAUUUACGUCAUUUAGCAGACGCUCUUAAACAGAGCGACUCACAAAUUGGGUGCAUUCACCCUAUAGGCAGUGGGAUAACCACUUUACAAUUUUUUUUGGGGGGGGGGGGGGGGGGUAGAAGGAUUACUUUAUCCUAUCCCAGGUAUUCCUUACAGAGGUGGGGGUUUCAAAUGUCUCCGGAAGGUGGUGAGUGACUCCGCUGUCCUGGCGUCGUGAGGGAGCUUGUUCCACCAUUGGGGUGCCAGAGCAGCGAACAGUUUUGACUGGGCUGAGCGGGAACUAUGCUUCCGCAGAGGAAGGGGAGCCAGCAGGCCAGAGGUGGAUGAACGCAAUGCCCUCGUUUGGGUGUAGGGACUGAUCAAAGCCCGAAGGUACAGAGGUGCCGUUCCCCUCACUGCUCCAUAGGCAAGCACCAUGGUCUUGUAGCGGAUGCGAGCUUCAACUGGAAGCCAGUGGAGUGUGUGGAGGAGGGGGGUGACGUGAGAAAACUUGGGAAGGUUGAACACCAGACGGGCUGCGGCAUUCUGGAUGAGUUGUAGGGGUUUAAUGGCACAGGCAGGGAGGCCAGCCAACAGCGAGUUGCAGUAGUCCAGACGGGAGAUGACAAGUGCCUGGAUUAGGACCUGUGCCGCUUCCUGUGUAAGGCAGGGUCGUACUCUCCGAAUGUUGUAGAGCAUGAACCUGCAGGAGCGGGUCACCGCCUCGAUGUUAGCGGAGAACGACAGGGUGUUGUCCAGGGUCACGCCAAGGCUCUUCGCACUCUGGGAGGAGGACACAACGGAGUUGUCAACCGUGAUGGCGAGAUCAUGGAACGGGCAGUCCUUCCCCGGGAGGAAGAGCAGCUCCGUCUUGCCAGGGUUCAGCUUUAGGUGGUGAUCCGUCAUCCAUACUGAUAUGUCUGCCAGACAUGCAGAGAUGCGAUUCGCCACCUGGUUAUCAGAAGGGGGAAAGGAGAAGAUUAGUUGUGUAUCGUCAGCGUAGCAAUGAUAGGAGAGGCCAUGUGAGGAUAUGACAGAGCCAAGUGACUUGGUGUAUAGGGAGAAAAGGAGAGGGCCUAGAACUGAGCCCUGGGGGACACCAGUGGUGAGAGCACGUGGUGCGGAGACAGCUUCUCGCCACGCCACUUGGUAGGAGCGACCGGUCAGGUAGGACGCAAUCCAGGAGUGAGCCGCGCCGGAGAUGCCCAGCUCGGAGAGGGUGGAGAGGAGGAUCUGAUGGUUCACAGUAUCAAAGGCAGCAGACAGGUCUAGAAGGACAAGAGCAGAGGAGAGAGAGUUAGCUUUAGCAGUGCGGAGAGCCUCCGUGACACAGAGAAGAGCAGUCUCAGUUGAAUGACCAGUCCUGAAACCUGACUGGUUUGGAUCAAGAAGGUCAUUCUGAGAGAGAUAGCAAGAGAGUUGGCUAAAGACGGCACGCUCAAUAGUUUUGGAAAGAAAAGAAAGAAGGGAUACUGGUCUGUAGUUGUUGACAUCAGUGGGAUCGAGUGUUGGUUUUUUGAGAAGGGGAGCAACUCUCGCUCUCUUGAAGACGGAAAGGGCCAUGGCCAGCGGUCAAGGAUGAGUUGAUCAGCGAGGUGAGGUAGGGGAGAAGGUCACCGGAGAUGGUCUGGAGAAGAGAGGAGGGGAUGGGGUCAAGCGGGCAGGUUGUUGGGCGGCCUGCAGUCACAAGUCGCAGGAUUUUAUCUGGAGAGAGAGGGGAGAAAGAAGUCAAAGCAUAGGGUAGGGCAGUGUGAGUAGGACCAGCAGUGUCAUUAGACUUAACAAACGAGGAUCGGAUGUCGUCAACCUUCUUUUCAAAGUGGUUGACGAAGUCAUCCACAGAGAGAGAGGAAGGGGGGGGGGGGGGGGGGGGGGGGGGAGGAUUCAGCAGUGAGGAAAAUGUGGCAAAUAGCUUCCUAGGGUUAGAGGCAGAUGCUUGGAAUUUAGAGUGGUAGAAAGUGGCCUUAGCAGCAGAAACAGAUGAAGAAAAUGUAGAGAGGAGGGAGUGAAAAGAUGCCAGGUCGGCAGGGAGUUUAGUUUUCUUCCAUUUCCGCUCCGCUGCCCGGAGCUCUGUUCUGUGAGCUCGCAAUGAGUCAUCAAGCCACGGAGCUGGAGGGGAGGACCGAGCCGGCCGGGAGGAUAGGGGACACAGAGAGUCAAAGGAUGCAGAAAGGGAGGAGAGGAGGGUUGAGGAGGCAGAAUCAGGAGAUUGGAGGGAGAAGGAUUGAGCAGAGGGAAGAGAUGAUAGGAUGGAAGAGGAGAGAGUAGUGGGAGAGAGAGAGCGAAGGUUGCGGCGGCGCAUUACCAUCUGUGUAGGGGCAGAGUGAGUAGUGUGGGAGGAGAGCGAGAGAGAAAAGGAAACAAAGUAGUGGUCGGAGACAUGGAGGGGUGUUGCAGUGAGAUUAGUAGAAGAGCAGCAUCUAGUAAAGAUGAGGUCAAGCGUAUUGCCUGCCUUGUGAGUAGGGGGGGACGGUGAGAGGGUGAGGUCAAAAGAGGAGAGGAGUGGAAAGAAGGAGGCAGAGAGAAAUGAGUCAAAUGUGGACAUAGGGAGGUUGAAAUCCCCCAAAACUGUGAGGGGUGAGCCAUCCUCAGGAAAGGAACUUAUCAAGGCAUCAAGCUCAUUGAUGAACUCUCCAAGGGAACCUGGAGGGCGAUAGAUGACAAGGAUAUUAAGCUUAAAUGGGCUAGUGACUGUGACAGCAUGGAAUUCAAAUGAGGAGAUAGACAGAUGGGUUAGGGGAAAAAUUGAGAAUGUCCACUUGGGAGAGAUGAGGAUUCCUGUGCCACCACCCCUCUGACCAGAUGCUCUCGGGGUAUGCGAGAACACAUGGUCAGACGAGGAGAGAGCAGUAGGAGUAGCAGUGUUUUCAGUGGUAAUCCAUGUUUCCGUCAGCGCCAGGAAGUCGAGGGACUGGAGAUUAGCAUAGGCUGGGAUGAAGUCAGCUUUGUUGGCAGCAGAACGGCAGUUCCAGAGGCUGCCUGAGACCUGGAACUCCAGGUGUGGGGUGCGUGCAGGGACCACCAGGUUAGAGAGGCAGCAGCCACGCGGUGUGGGGCGUUUGUGUAGCCUGUGCAGAGAGGAGAGAACAGGGAUAGGCAGAGGCAUAGUUGACAGGCUGUAGCAAAUGGCUACAAUAAUGCAGAGGAGACUUUAUGAAGUCUAUAUACAGUAUAUAUAUAAAAAAAAUGUUUUUAUAACCAUACAGUAGUUACAAUGCUUUCGGAAAGUAUUCAGACCCCUUGACUUUUUCCACAUUUUGUUAAAUUACAGCCUUAUUCUAAAAUGGAAAAAACAUCCUUAGCAAUCUACACACAAUACCCCAUAAUGACAAAGCACAAACUGUUUUUUAGAAAUUUGUGCAAAUCUAUUAAAAAUAAAAAACAGAAAUACCUUAUUCACAUAAGUAUUCAGACACUUUGCUAUGAGACUCAAAAUUGAGCUCAGGUGCAUCCUGUUUCCACUGAUCAUCCUUGAGAUGUUUCUACAACUUGAAUGGAGUCCACCUGUGGUAAAUUCGAUUGAUUGGACAUGAUUUGGAAAGGCACACACCUGUCUAUAUAAGGUCCCACAGUUGACAUUGCAUGUCAGAGCAAAAACCAAGCCAUGAGGUCAAAGGAAUUGUCCUUAGAGCUCUGAGACAAGAUUUUGUCGAGGCACAGAUCUGGCGAAGGGUACCAAAAAUUGUCUGCAGCAUUGAAGGUCCCCAAGAACACAGUGGCCUCCAUCAUUCUUAAAUAAAGAAGUUUGGAACAACCAAGACUCUUCCUAGAGCUGGCCGCCCAGCCAAACUGAGCAAUCAGGGGAGAAGGGUCUAGGUCAGGGAGGUGACCAAGAACCCGAUGGUCACUCUGACAGAGCUCUAGAGUUCCUCUGUGGAGAUUAGAAGAACCUUCCAGAAAGACAACCAUCUCUGCAGCACUCCACCAAUCAAGUCUUUAUUGUAGAGUGACCAGACAGAGGCCACUCCUAGUAAAAGGCACAUGCCAGCCCGCUUGGAGUUUGCCAAAAGGUACCUAAAGUCUCUCAGACCAUAAGAAACAAGAUUCUUUGGUCUGAUGAAACCAAGAUUGAACCCUUUGGCCUGAAUGCCAAGAGUCACGUCUGGAAGAAACCUGGCACCAUCCCUACGGUGAAGCAUGGUGGUGGCAGCAUGACGCAGCGGCAGGGACUGGGAGACUAGAAAGGAUCGAGGCAAAGAUGAAUGGAGCAAAGUAUAGAGAGAUCCUUGAUGAAAACCUGCACCAGAGCACGAAGGACCUCAGACUGGGGUGAAGGUUCAACUUCCAACAGGACAACGACCCUAAGCACACAGCCAAGACAACGCAGGAGUGGCUUCGGGACAAGUCUCUGAAUAUCCUUGAGUGGCCCAGCCAGAGCCCGGACUAGAACAUCUCUGGAGAGACCUGAAAAUAGCUGUGCAGCAACGCUCCCCAUCCAACCUGACAGAGCUGAGAGGAUCUGCAGAGAAGAAUGGGAGAAACUCCCCAAAUACAGGUGUGCCAAGCUUGUAGCGUCAUACCCAAAAAGAGUCGAGGCUGUAAUCGCUGCCAAAGGUGCUUCAACAAAGUACUGAGUACAGUGUCUGAAUACUUAUGUAAAUGUGAUAUUUCAGUUUUUUGUUUUUGUAUAAAUUAGCAAACAUUUCUAAAAAACUGUUUUGGCUUUGUCAUUAUGGGGUAUUGUGUGUAGAUUGAUGAGGGGAAAAAACUAUUUAAUACAUUUUAGAAUAAGGCUGUAACCUAACAGAAUGUGGAAAAAGUCAAGGGGUCUGAAUACUUUCCGAAGGCAAUGUACCUUAGGUUCUUAAUAUAUAUGCAUUUAAGUGAUAUACUGUUGGCCCAUUACGUCAGUGUGUGUAACUCAAGUUUUUGCACAGAUCUUCCCGUCAACAUCAAUGCAUGAUUUAUGCCAAAGUCCAAGUUUAGUGCACACAUUUCAAGUUAGGAUUCGGACCAAAAUGAAUCCCAUUAUAAUACCAUCCGAUUAUUCUACUACUGACCACAAUAUCAUUCAAUUCAACAUUUAACUCAGCCCAACUUAAUUCGUACAGCCCAUUUGACCAUAAAAUUGAAUUAUGUGUAUAUUUCCUUAACCCUUUUCUACUGGCAGGGAUGACUGCUCGAUUGGAGCACUUGGAGAACCAGCUGCUGUCACGAAAAUGA